UCCUGGCCAACCGGGACUAUGUUUCCCUUCAAGGUGAGAAAGUGGAUGGGGCUUGCCUGCUUCCGCUCGCUGGUGGUCUCCUCCUCCAGCAUUCGCCAAAAGAAAUUAAUCCACAAGCUCCGGGAAGAAAAGGCCUUCCGCGAGGAGAUGAGACACUUCCGGGAGAAGAUCGAAGACUUCCGGGAAGAGAUGUGGGAUUUCCGGAGCAAGAUGCGUGCCUUCCGUGGUGAGAUCUUGGGCUUUUGGGAAGAGGAGAGGCUUUUCUGGGAAGAGGAGAAAACCUUCUGGAAAGAGGAAAAAGCCUUCUGGGAAAUGGAAAAAUCUUUUCGGGAAGAAGAAAAAGUCUUUUGGAAAAAGUACCGAAUCUUCUGGAAGAAAGACAGGGCCUUCUGGAAGGAGGACAACGCCUUGUGGGAAAGAGACCGGAACGUCCUUCAGGAGGACAAGGUCCUAUGGGAGGAAGAAAAGGCCCUGUGGGUGGAGGAGAGAGCCCUCCUGGAGGAGGAGAAGGUCCUCUGGGAGGAUAAGAAGUCCCUUUGGGAGGAGGAGAAUGCCCUCUGGGAGGAGGAGAAGGCCGCCUGGGUGGAAGGGGUUGUUCCGAUUGUGGAGCAGCUGGUGCUGGAAGGUGGGCACCGCCAAGUCAGCGGCAGGCCAAGGUCGCCAGCCUCCUCCCGGGGCAGGGCGUGAGCACA